AAACGGGAAACACUAGCAGAAUAGAAAUAGUUUACAUUGGAAUACCAACCUCCACAACUCAACUUAAGCGAAAGUUUCCGGGCAACGGAGCUGAUAUUAUAGCCACCAUGCAAGGGUUGGUGUUGGCGUGCUUUAUGCUGACGGUGUGUGUUGUCAACGGCGCCCUUGAUAAAGCAACAGUGAAGGCCGGCGAUUGCGUUUGUGCUACAACAACGGUCAGUGGCAGAGCCUCGGGUGAGUCCGUUAGCUACGUCAUUUCUUAACCCAGUUCCAGAAUUAUUGCCAUGGCGAGGGGUGGUGCCUAAGGGCGCAGAGUUUUUUGGGGCGUAAAAAGUACCUGAGCUAUAUAAUAAUAUUAGGGUCGGUGCCGAGGGUGUCAAUGGGGCUGAAGCGGGAACUAGUUUUAUUUUAAUCACCAGGAUAAUCCGGACACCUCCAAAGAUUUAUACAGAAAUCCUUUCAGAACUCUCCUCUGUUGUCCGUUUUCGACCAGAAGCCGUAUUGAUGGAAUUGUAAAUCAUUAAAAAAAAUUUAAAAGCCACACAAUCAAAUUUGAGAAAGACGGUCAUACAUAAUGAAUGAAUCGAUCUAUUAAUUUAUAUUCAUGUAUUGGGUCAAUUUAUUUAUAUAAAAAAUGGAUCGAAAGCUUAAAAUAAUUUAAAUUUCAACAUUGAUUACACAGGCCAACAACAAAAUAGUUCUUCUUGGUGCCGAUAGCUUUAGGUCGGCUCCUAAAGAUAUUUUAGGCGUUCAUUACGAAAAUUGCAUCGGGUUUUUUGUUGUUGUUAUAAGUUAUUGUUUUUUUUGUUCGUAAUAUUUCUAGUUGUUUAGAUAUUGUUGAGUUUAUUUUAUAACAAGUUGGUUUCCUCUAUAUAAGCCGUAUUAGGUCUUGUUUGUUGAAUUGGGAUAUCGUAGAAAAAAAACAACAUUAUUGAAAUUGGAAAUGUAUGUAAUUAAAUUUCUAGCAUUAUGUGUGUGUGCCUCUUAAGACAUUUGCCUAUUUGUUUUUUAUAAUAAGCACUGGCAUAGAAAUUUUAAGUUCACUUGAAAAAAUCUACUUUAUUCUGCUUUCUUAACUUAUUAUGCCAAAAAUAUUUGAAUGGCCAAUCAUGAUAUUAUUAGAAUAUACACAUUUUAAUUUUCAAGACUUUCCAGCCUGAUCUGUUAAAAAAGCUGCACAUAGAUUUGAUUUUUAAAAAUGUAGGAAAUAUAUAGUGAGUUUGAGAAAGAAAAAAAAGAACAUAUAUUAUGUUUUUGGUGCCACGUAGGACGUGGACUCAUCAUAAAUAAAUGGAAAACUUGCAUGGAGCAAUUGCUAUAGUCCACGAAUGCUUUCCUCCAGACUAAGGGGUAGAUAGUACAGUUUUGUUUGCUUUGAAAAAAAAAAAAAACGUUAUUUAAUGCUAAUCGAAUAUUUACUUAUCACAGAGGAACUGAAAGUUGGAAUUUUUUAUGGAACACGAAUAAAAAAACACAUACAUUACCAACUUUUCAUAACAAUGAAUGAAUGAAAUGUAGUCAUGUUCCAGGUCUUUGUUGAUUCUUGUUGUGGAAAAAAAAAACACUAUUGCUAUCACUUAGAUUGGUGUACAGAGAAUGAAGAAAAAGAUUUCACCUUGACAAAUGGAUGCAGUGGCAGCCAGAGGCCAAUUUAGUAGGAAUGCCAUGUAAAGAGAGAACUGCUGGGUAUGGUGCGCUGAUACUGUACCCAGCACGUGGACCACCAACAGAAGAGCUCUCGGGACCCAGUGGGACUGCAGCAUCAAAUUUUGAUACGGAGCUUAUGGCUAUACACAGGGCCUUAGAGAGAGUACAUGAAACAAUGAAGGGGGCGGAGCUUGUGAGGCUCGAUGUAGUCGUCUGCUCGGACUCAAGAUCUGCUCUCGACAUCUUGGAGAAGAGACAGGGUACCACAAAUUUGGUCGACGUCAUCAUUGAUGAGAGAACAGACACUCUGGCAAAAACCGGGGCUGCCCAGCCUCCGCCAGAAGUACCAAUAACUUACUUGGGAAUUAAAAAUUGGCUGGCGGACCAUUUCAGAACGAAGUGGUACAGGCAAUGGGCAGACACCACGACGGCCAGAGGAGUCUUUUCAAACUUGCCCCCUCCUAGCAAACAAGACCCAUGGUGGGGGUUAGGCCGCAGACAGCAGAGCUUAGUGACGCAGAUGCGCACCGAGCACUGCUCUGUUGGCACAUACUUCUGGCGGCUGGUUAACAACAGGAAUCCUACCUGUCGGCACUGCAGCAUGGCCCCGGAGACCCUAGAGCACCUGUUGACUGAAUGUCCCUCACUAGAUCUCCCAGGGGAAGCCAGGGUAGUUGGAGGACCCUUUGUGAGGAAAAUGUUGUAUGACUCAGCUCAACAGAUGUUGGUAUAAGCCAAUUUACUAGCCGGAGUCAUAAGAGAGUAAUCUCAGACCUUCACCAGAAUAUGUGGGUUAGUUAGUAGGAAUGCACACACGAUAUGAUGGGCAUUUUUUUUAUUGGAAUCUUAUUCGGGAUUGCAAUGUCAGAUGAAAGCUAAACUAUCCAUCAACUUUACAUGACGUAAAGCUAAACUAUCCAUCAUCUUUACAUGACGUAAAGCUAAACUAUCCAUCAACUUUACAUGACGUAAAGCUAAACUAUCCAUCAACUUUACAUGACGUAAAGCUAAACUAUCCAUCAACUUUACAUGACGUAAAGCUAAACCCACAGCCCUAAUUCAACAACGAACCUUCCACUAAACCAAAAAAUUUAACUCACUUUACAUUUCUCCCCCCCUCCCAAACCCCACCACCCUCAGGAUCAACAUCUGCCGCCAUAUUGGCCACCCUUAAUGCCAACGACUGUGGUAAAAUCUAUGGUGGUAUUCUCACAGCGGAAGGGCACACGUGGUUUGAGAUCACCUUCCAUAAUCAGGUAAACCAGAUUAUGAUCAUCUUAUUGUUCAUGAGCUUAUUUAGCUGAAACUGUAUUAACCUAUUGACACCACAUCUUAUCUUUUUGGCAGAGGGUUUGGGUGGCCGGUGACUACCUGGUGGCGUCAGCUGCUGCCAAGUGUGAGGCUGGAGCCGGAAGUGAGUACAUACUGAAUAUUUAAUCCGUUUAGGACACAGAGAGAUAGACAAAGGAUAUUUGGCAUCCGGCCAUGAUGUUAUGUCAGUGAGAUGUAUGCACUGGGGGGCUAGGUGUGUGGGACAAGGGCGUUGUAGUUCCUACUUUAUUGGUAUUAUCACUGUUAUUAUUUUGCUUAGGCAGUGAAGGGCAAUGUUUUAUUUAAUUUAAUCCACGUAUUGGGACAAUUAGCGCACAAGCGAGUCUGUCAAAAUAUAUGCGUACCAUUAAAAAUAAUAUUUGUGAUUUGUUUCAGCUGUACCCGGUGGUUGCCCCCAUAUCGUAACCCGCAGUGAAUGGGGGGCGAGGGCACCAAAGUCCAUUUCCUACCUCACCCACCCCGUCCAGUACGCCUUCAUUCACCACGCAGAGAGUUCCGAGUGUUUCAGCCAAUCAGCGUGCGCCAGCCAAGUCCGCGGGUUCCAAAAUUAUCACAUGGAUCACAAUGGUAAGUCGUUUGUCACUCGGCUGAUUUUUAAUGAUUUUUAUGAUGAACUAAAUCUUUGCCAUCUCAAUUUAACAUUUAUUGUAAUUGUAAUGUACAAUUUUUAACCGCUGGCUCAAUGGCGUUCAUUGAAGUGAAACGAUCUUUGUGGCUGGUGCGGUAAUUUUGAACGUCGUUUUUGUGUGUGUGUACAUGUAGCCUACUGGCGCUAUUUGAUGUGAGGCGAGUGGUGGUGAGUGGAUGAGUUUUGGGAAGGUUCUCUCAAUGCGCCUUUUAGGGGGGAUCCUCACUCACCCAACCCCUUUCGUAUAACUUUGAUAUCAGGGCGGCGGCAGUCAAAAGCAGCACCCGGGACAAUGCCCGGAUUUUGGCGCCCUGAGCCCCACACCCAGCCAGCCCCAAAAAAGGAAAAAAAAAGAGAAGGUUUUUUAGAAAUAGGUCUACAUAUCUUUUUCAUGAAAACGACCCUUGAAUAUAGAACCCGGUGCUGUUGACAGUGAGGUUCUUUAAUCAUCCAAGGUAAAGCAUCAACAAGGUUUACAUUUAAAUGCAUUUCAUUUUCAUAAUCUAUACUCUGUUGAUCUCUUAGAAAUUAGUUGGCGUUACUUUAUAUUUAUAUAUAUUUAUAUAUACACAAGGUGGGCCAAUAAAAGUGAGAACAUCUCGUAGCAUAUGAGUUAUUUCAAAAUAUAAUUUAAUUAAUGAUAAUUCUUCAUCGAAUUUUUGUGUGCAAAAUAUUUAGCUAAUCAGAAAUCAUGUUCAAUGUGUCCUCCUUGCUUCUCAACGACUUUUUCCAAGCAUCGACGCCACUCGUUUAUGCUUCUGUCAAUGAAACGUUGCCCUAGAUUUUACGAUAUGUUCUCACUUUUAUUGGCCCACCCUGUAUAUAUAUAUAGGGGCGGCUUUUUUUUUGUGUGUGCAUAACAGCAGUUUUUUUUGCCAGGAUGGGGCAACAAAAAGCUCGGCCACUCUUGGCGAGACACUACAUACCAUUAUCCAUAAGUACCAAUGUUGUUUAUGAAAAAUCAGAAUGUUAAUGAAGCCUAACGGCUUGCUUGCUCUGACUGGUAGGCUGGAGUGACAUCGGCUACAGUUUUCUCAUUGGUGGCGACGGCUCUGUGUUCGAAGGUCGAGGCUGGGACAAAGUGGGAGCUCACACAGAGGGCUACAACUCGGUCGGGCUUGGUAGGUUACAUUCAUGAUAUUUUUUUUUAUUUGAUUAAAAAAAACAAAAAACUAAUUAAGUAUUAAUCAAAUCAAGGCCUGGAGCACGGAUACUGUAGUCGGCCUAAGCUUACGUCACUGAAUAGUUGAAGCAGUGUUUAUACUAAACUAUACUAGGAAGUAUCGACUGCUUUAAGGCUACGGUACUUGAGACUAAGACAUUCGAAACAUUUCCAAACAACACAGGCGCUUAGCUUAUCUUUGGAACAUUGGUUACCGUUGAAUAACUUUUUGUGAUAUCGGGGUACAUUUAAGUGCUUUGCACAAAUUUUAAUCCCAACCUCUAACUUCUCGGACCCGGGUCUUCAAAUUAAAAAAAAAAUGUCUGCAGCCCUACUCGAAAUGGUCGAAUAACUAAGUUUAAGCAGUAUUGCCCAGUUUCUUCAAUUCAACGUAUUCCUCUGUCCAGCCUUCUGCUUUAUUGGAAGUUUCUCCACCAAGGCUCCCCCUGACAUUCAGAUCCAGAGGGCCAGGCAGAUGAUAGCGUGCGGCGUGUCCAGCGGGAAGAUCAGCACGGCUUACAAACUCAGGGGUCACCGAGACGUCAAUCAGACGGACUGUCCGGGAACCGUCCUGUGGAACCUGCUCAAAACCUGGGGACACUAUUAAUCGUGAAAAGCAAUCCUCUAUCUAUGAAUUCAAUGGGACACAACGCUCCUAACCUUGAUCAAUUUAACAUGUUAUGCACAGUUUACUAUUUUUAUCAUUGUGAACAUUCAUGCCACAGUUCCAGAGUAAUAAUAAGUAUUAUGUAUUGAUUCAAAUGUACCGUACUUAAGUCAAAUAAUGUGUUCAACAUGUUCUUUGUGUAGUGAAAUAAAAAACAUGUAACGGUAUCCAUAAGUAAAUUCCAUGGUGUUGCAUUGA